AUGAUCACCAUCUUCGUACUCGUCGCCCUGACGGGUCUCACGUUUGCUAACCCACUUGAUUUGCAACCCCGAGAAGACGUCAAAGAGGAUAACUUUGAUCUUUGUAGACUCUUGGGAUGUCAUCGGCCGCGCACUGUCACCUGGACACUGGUAUAUACCAUCACGUCUACGGCUACAUCUUCAGCCACAGCCACAGCAACAGCAACUAUAACCACCACUCUGGACUGCUCGCCAUCUGCAUCCACCACGCUCAGGACUACGGCUACGACAUCUGACUUUACUUCUACCGGAACCUCAGCUCCUACAUCGACUUCACCCGAUACCACGGCUUCGAUUGAUACCACCUCUGCCGACACGGCAGCCCCGACUGAUAUCACUACGUCGACUGAUAUCACUACGUCGACUGAUAUCACUACGUCGACUGACACCACUUCGGCCGACACCACAGCUGCUCCCACAACUCUGACUGAUGCUUCAACUGAUGUCAGUGGCUCAACUGGUGCCACCACCUCGACUGGCGUGACCAUCUCGACCAACACUACUUCAACUGGUGUCACGGCCUCGAGCGACAUCACCAUCCCAACUUACACGGCUUCAACAACUGAUUUCACCACUUCUGCUGACACAACUACUUCGACCGAAGCCGCAACUUCAGGCACCACCACGGCAGAAGCCACAGACACCACCACAGCAGCCGCCAGCACAUCAUCAUCAUCAUCAUCGACCACGGGCCUCCAAUCCCCCCUAUCCACACUAGUCCCCUUCAACUGCUCCGCAGACGCCUUCUUCAUCCAGGACCGCCACCUCCUCAGCGUCAACCUCCAGACGGGCGAGAAAAAUACCCUGUCCUCCAGCGUCGGCGGCUCCUCCGCCCGAGUCAGCGCCAUAGGCUUCAACCCCCUCGACAACUUCAUCUACGGGCUCCAGAACAAGACGGUCGUCCGGGUCGGGCACGACGGCGCCCUGCAGCGCGUGGCCGAGGGCGACAUGGCCGCCAACGCAGGCGACGUCGACAGCAACGGCCAGCUCUACUACACCGCGGGCGGCAGGGCCUGGGCCCGGGUCGACCUGAAGCCCGGGUCCGCGCGGUACGGGCAGGUCGUGGCCAGGGGCACGUCCGACUCGAGCGCCCUGCCGGGGAACCUGGCCGCCGGGGACUGGGCCUUCACGCCCGCCGCGCCGGGGUACCUGCACAGCGUGGCCGUGGACGACCGCGGCCUGUACCUGGUGAGGUGGGAUCUGGCCUCGCACCGGUGGGAGGUCAGGCACAAGGGCUUGCCGGGCUUCGGCAUCCGGGACGGCGUGUUUGGCGCCGUCGUCGCCACGAGCGACGGCGUCCUGUACGCCUCGCAUAACCGGAGCGGCGUCGUCUUGAGGAUCCCGCUCGACGACCCCGAGGACACGAGGAAGGUCAAAGUGCUGGUGCCCAGGGCGGGCUUCAGCGACGGCUGUAGGUGUGCUUCGAUGCCGGAUGUCGCGGUUUGA